AUGCGAUCACGAACCGGAUGUCUCACUUGCCGUCAGCGGAAGCUGAAGUGUGAUGAAAAGAAACCUGUGUGUGGGCAGUGCACCAAAGCCUCAAGAGAAUGCAUUCCCAGCUCAGGUAUCGUCUUUCGCCACCAGCACAAUGCCUCCAUGAACGGAGAAGACUCAGGGGAUGAGAACUCCCUAAAAGGCUUCUACGCGUACAAGAACACAUUUGACGAGGAUGCCAUCUGGAUGGACAUUCCUAAGCAUGUAACCUUCAUCAACACCACCAACCCAUAUCUUGAUCCUGGCACACCCGAUUUCGACAACAUGUCGACAGCAUCGAUGGAAUCGCCCGGACCAUUCGAGACUCGCUCUUUGCCUUCAUGGCGUACUCACAGCAACUUUCAUUCAGUUACCAGCACACCUUCCAGCAUGGGGCCAGAUCUAGCUCCGACCAGCGUUCCUUUCUGUUACACACCUGACCUCGAAGCGUUACCACCACUGAUGCAGUCACCACCAGCCUCAGUCGUAGGAACGCCCCUUUCUCCACCUCUUUCAUUAUGCAACCGACGCAUACAUCCCGUGAUGGACUUUACUGCCUCGACAGCCUCGCCACCAAUAGACCCCCGUCUCAACUCACCAUACGACUCCGCCGACCACAUGCACCGCUCCGUUUCAAUAGCAAGCUCAAGACGCUCACCACCUCGAUCCGAUAGCGGUGUCUCUAUCGUUCAAGACGAUCACGAGAUUGCUUUCCUGCUCCGGUGGUUUUCAGAAGGUCCUGGCUACUGGAUGGAUUUGUACGACCUCGGCACCUACUUCGCGUCUUACGUUCCUGUACAGGCACGUGAGAACCCACUGCUCAAGUACGCAGCUGUUGCUUGUGCAGCGAAGUCUCUUGCACGUGUUCAGGGCCGCAAACCCGUCAUGGGAGGUAGCGUAACGCGUCAAGCUCGCAUGGAACAGUACCCCGAGGCAUCAAUGGUGGAUUGGAAGCACAAGGCGGCAGUAUACUACGACACAGCUGUAUCACUACUGCUUCAGGCUCUCAAGAUGGAUGUCGCCUCCUCUCCCGACGAGUCAGAAUGCGAACUAAGAAAUACCAACUCGGCCUACGAUGGACCAGCACCCAAGCGACGACGAACAUCAAGCAACACCUCGUUUGUAUCCAACACCGACGAACUACUAGCAGCAUCGGCCAUCCUUUGUGUCUAUGAGUUCUUAGAUACUUCCGUCUCAGAUUGGACAAAGCAUCUGAAUGGUGCCAAGUCUUUGCUCGUGCUUUCACAAGAGCACGUUAUGCCAUUACAACUACCAAAACCCACAUCUUCGGUACCAUCCGCAAGCUUCAACUUUGCCUCUAAGGCUCGACGAGCAACCUUCUGGAACAUUGCCAGACAGGAUAUGCUCGCAGCCUUUAUAAACAAGACUAACACACGAUUGGACACCGAGGACCUCUCAUUAUGGAGAGAAGCUGGCCUCAAGAUCGAUGAUCAAGGCUACAUCAUGCCCAGUAAUACGACAGUAUGUGGUUUCCCGGAAGACAACGACGUGAUGAGGGAAGACCUCAUCUGCAAUGCCCUUGUCUGGCUCAUGGCCAAGCUAGUCAACUUCAUGGCUGCAGGCGACGAAGUUUCUAAUGAAGCCGGCAUGGCAUGGGCAGGCGUCCCUCAGCGAACCCUCCUGGAUUACUGGUUCAGUCUACGAAAACAGUUCCAGGUCUGGCAUGAUGGCCUCCCGGUCACAUUCAAACCUUCCGCCAGGGUACCUUCGCAAGCAUCCGGGCCGAUGUCCACCAACGAUAACGUGUCCAUGUUCACAGAGGUCUGGUACUCUAUACCCAUGUGCGCCUCCACCAUGCAGACAUACCACAUGUCACAAAUUCUCUUGUUCAUGAACAAGCCACACGAGUCCACCCAGGGGCGCAGCACUGUCGUCGCCCGCAUGAACUCUUACCAGUCGGUUCUGGCCACCUGCCAGAAGCACAGCCGCGAAAUUGUUGGCAUUUCGCUGGCUCGGUCUGACGAAGCGGUCCGGAUCCACUCCGUGCAACCCCUGUUCACUGCUGGCCAGUGCCUCAGCGACGCACGAGAACGCCAAGUCGUUUUACAUCUUCUACGUGACAUUGAGUCCGAUAUUGGUUGGGCCACGGACUACCGCGUGCGCCAGCUGUUCGAGCAGUGGCAAGGAGAAGAAUCAGAGGGUCUGGUACCAUGA